UGAAAUGUGCCACCGUCGCUAGUUUUCGGGGUUCCAAGGAGGCCGGAAACUUGGGAGAGGCUCGCAAUCAUCGUGCUAUGUAUUUGUGUUUUGUUUACAUUGAUCUGUAGGUGAAAACUAAUGGUGGACGAAAAGUUUCGAGCGUAAAAUCUGGAUUAGAGGAAGGAAAUGAUGAGUUCGGUGACGAGUCUCGAGAUGUGUCGCGCCUGUAUGCGAGCCGACGUCGUCUUGAUGCCAAUGUAUGACGGGCAGUUGGGGAGUAAAAAUUUGCCCGUCAAACUAGCCGCGCUAGCCUCGAUCCAGGUAGACAAAUCUGAUGGACUUCCUGCCAAACUUUGCGCCAAGUGUGCAUAUCGAACGGAUGCCUUUUACGAUUUUAAAAUGCAAGUUCAAGCUACGGAUAAAAAACUACGCAACAUUUUCCAAGUGGCAGAUUAUUCUGCGAACAAGAUUCAGGCACCCUGGGCAGACGAAGUCGAAUUCAUUAAGGUUGAACAAGUCGAUGUCACACAGAGUACGGCAGAUGCAGCGGAAUUCAUUGAUGUUAGUUAUAUCCAGGAAUUGAGAGGACAAAAUGAAUUAACAGAGAAUGAGAGACAUUCGGUAAAGGCUGAACCACAUGAUAUCUUUCAACCAGAGGUACAAACAGAUGGAUUAAUUGAAGAAGCAGCUGUUUUUGAGGAGGAAAUAAGGGACGAUAUAGAAAGUGCUUCUAAAUCGGAGAUUUCUGAAUAUGCCUUAGUUCACAUGUCCGAUGAGGGAGCAACUCCAUCGCCUCCUGCGUCACUAAGUUACAUGCUGUUCAAUCCUGACGACGCCAGAGAAAACACAAGCUCGUCCGAUUCUUGGGGGUUUGAAAAGAACUUCAACGACGACAAGAAUUCAACAAUCUAUCGAACAACAUCAAUGCCAAUGACUUUUUACACUGGAGAAAUUAUUGAGGGAGAAGAUUCGGAAACUGAUGAGCGGUGCAAAUCUCGCAAGACAACAACGCAGGUUGUAGAAGGAAGUGACGGUGAAGAUUCGGAUUACUUUAUUGAUCCGAAAGACAAUAUUUUGGGUAGUUUGAAUGAUACAAUAAUUAAAAUCAAGGAAAUUAGAAACGCAGAGAAUGGGAUGAAUUAUCAGUGUAGUCUAUGCAUGCAAAAUUAUAGCGAAUUGACCGGAGCUUUAGCCCAUAUUGUGGAUAAUCACGUACCAGCGAGCGGCCCAUAUUUUUGUACAGUUUGUGAAAAGGACUGUAACAAUCUGAGGGAACUUCGGUCCCACAUCAAGUUGCACACAGGUGCGUUGCCUUAUGUUUGUUUCAUAUGUCAUAAGGCGUAUGCAUUGAGGAGAUAUCUAAAGAGACACAUGAUUAGUCAUGCGGAGUUUUAUCGACAUCGGUGCCCAAAGUGUGGACAACGGUUUAAAAUGAAAAACGAACUGGAAACUCAUAUCACGAGUCAUAUUCAUGGAUCUCCUUAUGCCUGCAGUCAAUGCUCUAGAGUCUUUAAUCACAAAGGUAAUUACAAACGGCACUUGAUCAGUCACCUCGAUCCUCAAGGUCUCCAUUUACCCAAAUUUCCUUGUAAGAUAUGCAACAAGAGAUUUUUGAAUAAUCGCACACUGGAAGUACAUAUGCGGGUCCACACUGGCGAGAAACCAUUCAGAUGUGAGAUUUGCAUGAAAACAUUCUCUCAGCAAGGGAACUUGCUCAACCAUAUUAGAAUUCACUCCAACCCCAGAAGUUACACAUGCGAAGUGUGCGGAAAACAAUUUAAUCAGAGAUCUACGCUAAAAGAUCACAGUCUUCUUCAUACAGGCGAAAAGCCGUACGUUUGUACCGUAUGUGGAGUGGCAUUCACGUUCAGUGCAGCACUAAGGAGACACAUGUGGACUCAUGCUGGCGGUAAACCGUAUGGUUGUGAGAUUUGCGACGCCCGUUUUGUCGGAAAAUACGACUUGAGAAGACACAUGACUAUUCACAGCGAUCGGCCAAGGGCGAGAAGAAGACGUAACCAAACCAAAGUGGAAAAUUCGAAUUUUCACGAACCCAGAGAGGACAUUAGCGCGAGUGACGGCACUGGAGCGAAUACUGAAACUAUACUAAUCGAGCAAGUCCUUCUGAAUCAAGAUGUGACUCAUGUUGUCACUCAAGAAGAAUCAGAGAAAGAAAAUGUGGAUGCUUUGUUUACACUGAUUCAAUAUGGAGAAUAGAACAAUGGAAUUUUGAGACUCAUUCCAUUCACGGCCUUAGCCAGUUGUUCCCGCAACAUAUUCUGUUUAAUCAUUGCAGGUUUUCUUGCACACAUUUAGGAAUUCGUAGAUUAAUCAUUCAAACCCAUCAAUUUUCUCAAUUUUUCACAAACUGUGCAUCGUGUCUGUCCAAACGAUUUGAGGAUGAAAUCUUCAAAAAGACUUCAAGGGUUAUGGGGUGAUACAGUUAAACUCUAACGCACCGCAUUAAUAGUUUGAGAAAAAUCUUUGAAACACCUACCCUGGCAUCAAUGUACUAGCGCAGUUAGGAUUCUGACAUUAUCAAAUUAAGAUAA